GAUACUGAUAGUGCACUUGUAAAGUUUUCAGUUCUGAUGAUUUUUCUCAGCCAUCGUUGGCAUUUAAUAUCAGUUUCACCUCAUCACUCAUCUCGAGCAGAUCAAAACCAUGGCUUCUCCGAGAGAUGUUUUCACCUUCUUCGAUCCAGUGAGCAAAGUUUGGAGCGGCCUUAAGACACCGUCGAUUUUCAAUCCCAACCAAAGUCUCGGAGCACUGGUACUAACGAUCCUAGAGCGAAACUCGAAUAAAGUGGUGCAAAUCUGCGCCGACACUGGUGCUAGAACGACUGGCGCCGAGAUACGUUUAAGGGCCAUACGCAUUGCUUUGAAUUUGAAACGGAUGAACUAUGGAGUCAGUAAGGAAGAAGUUUUCGCAAUGGCCGUGAGAAACGGAGAACACACGGCACCGGUUCUGUUUGCUUGCUUUGCGCUAGGAAUUCCCGUUAAUACUCUGGACCCAUCUUUCCUACGGGAUGAUCUUAGCCAUAUGCUUUCAACUGUUCGUCCUAAAGUUGUAUUUUGCGAUACCGAAACAUUGCAGGAGAUGUUAUUAGCAUGUGACUUGGUUGAACUUAAACCUAGGAUAAUCGUGAUGGGUGACAAAGUGACGGGCUUUGAUCACGUGGACGAUUUAUUAGUGCCUAGCGAUGCCGAAAACUACUUUGUCCCAGUAAAUAUUAGUGAUCCAUCAAAGCAUUGCGCAAUAAUGGUGUGCUCUUCCGGAACCACUGGACGUUCGAAAGCGGUUUGUCUCUCCCACUCCAUCUGCAUCGUUCAUGUGGCUAAUUUCUUCGAUUGUUAUCCCGACGAUACCAUCUUUGCCUUCAGUUCCCUCUACUGGCUUUCGGGAUUGAUCAUGCUGCUGGUAGGAACUAUUUGGGGAGCAACUCGAGUUAUAACACGUAACACUUUCAGUUCCAAACUAGCUGUAGAUAUCGUUGAGCGUUUUCGAGUUUCAGUUGUACUAUUCCCGCCCUCGCAGGCUUCGGCAAUUGUGAACGAUGCGAAUGUAGGAGAAAUCAAUUUCGAUUGUGUUCGAUUGGCGUUAUGUGGAGGAGGACCAGUUUCUGUUAGGCUGAGAAGUUUAUUUAACAAUUUACUUCCUGGUAAGCCGUUACAAGUGGCUUAUGGACUAACCGAAAUCGGCUGUGCGGUUACGUUAACGAAAGGAGGUAUCGGGUGUGAAGAAUCAGUAGGUUUUCCGAAAGCAGGAAUGGAGGUGAAAAUAGCUGAUGAUCACGGAAUGCCGCUCGAUAAUGGCUUGGAAGGAGAAAUCUACGCGAGAGCAAAGUUCGUAUUCCUUGGGUAUUAUGGAAACGACGCUGCCACUGGGGACAUACUUGAUGAUGAAGGCUGGUUACAUACCGGUGAUAUUGGGCGCUUCGAUGACAAUGGCUUACUGUACGUGGUGGAUCGUAAGAAGGACAUUUUGAAAUAUGGAAAUUUUCAAAUCGCACCCAGCGAGAUUGAGGAAGUUGUUCAGGAAAUUCCAGGAGUAAAGGCGGUGUGCGUGGUGGGAAUUCCGGCCGAUGGUAACGAUCUACCGGCUGCGCUGGUGGUUCCCAAGGAUGGUGGUUGCAAAGCAGAGGACAUUCUAAAGAGAGUCGAAAAAAAGCUGGGAAACUAUAAACAGCUUCGAGGAGGCGUUUAUUUCACUACUAAGUUGCCGUUGACUCCAUCCGGAAAGGUGCUAAGGCGAGAGGCGAAGCUGAUGGUUAUGAAAAUGAAAGGUGACUAGCUUGUGACCAGUGAGCUAAUGAGAAAAAUAUAGAUAUACGUACACACAUGAAGAUAAUAUACUCUGUUUGAGAAGUUAUAAGUUCUCAAGUAACUUGGCUAUUAUGAUGAUGGAACAUUAUUCCAGUACAUUCAGUACAUUCAGUUUCUAGAUAACAAGUUGAUUAUUGUAAAUAUUAUUGUUUUUGACGGAACACAAGUAGUAAAAUAAAAGGAAAGAAACGAUUUGUAUAGCGUCGAUACACUCGGAGCACCUUGGAAAAAGCGAAGUAGGCCGACUUUCAAGCUUGAAUGCAUUUUUGAGCCUUUGCACCACUUCAAGUUCGCUACAUUGCCGUGAAACGCAUAUUAGUCCCAUCUACCUUUUCGUCGAUUUUGAGUCUUGGCAGUCAGUAGUUAGAAUCGAAAAUGCUUUUCAAAAUAAAUCUAGAAAAUAAUACAGUUUGUUAUGUAAAAUUUGCAAAAAACAGGUCAGUUUGUCCCAUCUUUUAAAUAAUCGCAUAGCAGUCCCAUGAUAGAUAAAAAAAUAACACCUGUAUUCAGAGUUUGAAUGCUUUUUUCCACAACAUUUUAUUCUUCCUCGUUGAUGUUAAGUAAAAGUGAGCAAAAAUAGCCAGAUCAUCUUCAAAGGAGCAACCGACAUACGCGUAACAAGCACGUAUCAGAUCUAGGGAGAACAUUUUGUACAAGAUUGAACAAUAUUUUCAAACUUUCAAAAUGAUUCACUUUCAGGAAAACAAACAAUUUUGAUAACUAUGAAAAAUAUCAAACUGAUUCAGUCCCAAGGGCCAUAAAAACUGAGACUAAUAGGCGUAUAUUUUACAUGCUGUAGUACAAAAUAAUCGCACGUCGGUCCCACUAUAAUUUAUUCCAUCCAUCAAUCUCAGAAGAAAACAUAUCAACAUUGAAAGCGGAUCGUAUUUUAUUGGAUUAAACAUUUUCAGCUCUUCUAUCGCUAUUUUCUCCGUUCAAUGAUUUCGCAGAUGGGACUUAUAUGCGUAAUAACAUCAAAGUGACCUACGAAGCUAAGAAGUUAGUCGUUCAAUACCUGUCUCUUGGAUUACAUAAUCGGUACCUACAUGUAAAUGCGUAAUCGUGCGUUCAGUGUGCCAAAGAUAUUCUUGAUCAACGUGGCCAUGAGUUGCUUUGCGUUAUGUUCUCGAUCUUUCUGGAGAGUCUAUCAGAUUAUACAGUAUUGUGUGUAGUGAAUCGAGCAGCGCACAGAGGAGUACCUGAAACAAAAAAGCUGGCCAAAAUAAGAAAAAAGUUUUUUAGGCCUUUUGGUGCUACUAUAUUUUUUUCUGCAGCUUGAAUAAAUGCUUUACGUAAUACAAUCACUCGAAUAACUUGAAACGGUAUUUACACAUGCUGAGAGUGCUGUAAACAUUGACAAAUUUUCAAGUUUUUUUUUGAAAUCGAAUCAUUUAUACUAACAAGUUGUGCCAGGCGUCAAAAAAAUGACAAUUGAUCGAUAUUUUGCAGUAAAUGAGUUCUCUAUGUUCAAUUCUAGUAAACCAGUUGAUAGGAAUUCCGAAAUAAAAAAGUUAUGACUACUU